AUAUUAAUUUGUAGUACAACACAACUAAGAACUUGGCUUCCACACUCAUUUCAGCAAAUUCAGAAGUUGCACAAAAAACUAGCUUUGCAGUGGAAUAAUAUUAACAAUGGCCACCAUCACAGCUAGCUCUUCAGCUUCUUUGGUUGCACGUGCUAGUCUCGUGCACAACUCUAGGGUUGGAGUUUCAUCUUCACCUAUUCUUGGAUUGCCAUCAAUGACAAAGAGGAGCAAAGUAACAUGUUCAAUUGAGAACAAGCCAUCAACCACAGAGACCACCACCACAACAAACAAGAGCAUGGGUGCAUCAUUGCUAGCCGCCGCUGCGGCCGCAACCAUUUCAAACCCAGCAAUGGCUCUUGUUGAUGAGAGAAUGAGCACAGAAGGAACUGGAUUACCCUUUGGUUUAAGCAACAACCUUCUUGGUUGGAUCCUUUUUGGUGUAUUUGGUCUCAUUUGGGCUCUUUACUUUGUCUAUGCUUCUGGUCUUGAAGAGGAUGAGGAAUCUGGAUUGUCCCUUUAAGUCUUAAUUAUUACUUAAUGAACAAAACUCCUCUCCUCUCAACCAAAUGUAAUUUGAUGUGAAUGUCAUCUUAUGGAAUUUGGUAAACUUUUUUAUGUAAAAUGUUGGAUGUAGAAAUGACAAGAUUGAGAUUAUUAUGGUUUUA